CUAAUUAUUUAUAAUUUUAUUAACAGUCAAGGAUUUAAAAUACCGGUCACUCGGUAUAAUAUAGUAUAGAUCAUAUUCGAUUCCUGAAAAUGCAUUUCAAAGGAGGAAACAAAGACUUUUAGGUCAAUGCUAGGUCAUCAUUAAUUUCGUAGAAACCGUGUUCCAGUUUGACUAUAGUGUACCAAUGUCAAAUCACGUUGGGUCGAUGGCUCUUUCCAGGAAUUUCAGUCAUCCAUGUGUAUCUUUGACAAUGAAUAGGCUAUUAGAUUGUUUUCACACCAUCAUCAUCUGUAUAUCUAUAGGUUGAUCAUACUAUCCAGACUGUAAUCCUAGUUCAUACCUUAAUGAUGUCUUUCCGUACCAGUCAGCCGGUUGAAUCCUCGUCUUCCUCAUCCUCGCAUUUGCCACAACCAUGCCGUCAGUUUACCUUUUCUGAGAUUGGAGUUGCAACCCGAAACUUUGAUGAGUCAUUGGUGAUUGGACGUGGGGGGUUUGGCAAUGUUUACAGAGGAACAAUCACCUGUGGGGAAAUUCGUUUGGAUGCUGCAAUUAAGAGGCUGGAAGCAGGUUCUAAUCAAGGAGCAGUAGAAUUUUGGGCUGAGGUUGAGAUGCUCUCCAAAUUAAGGCACUGUCAUUUGGUAUCUUUAAUUGGUUACUGCAAUGAUGGGCAAGAAAUGAUCCUUGUAUACGAAUAUAUGUAUAACGGAACUCUAGCAGAUCGGCUCCACAAACGUCAAGUCCCUCUAACUUGGGUGCGAAGACUCAAGAUAUGCAUAGGGGCCGCUCGUGGUUUAGAUUACCUGCACACUGGUACAGGUAUUAAGCAUGGAGUUAUACAUCGGGAUGUUAAGAGCACAAAUAUAUUGUUAGAUGACAAAUGGGCAGCAAAGAUUUCUGACUUUGGGUUGUCCAAGAUUGGUCCAACGAAUCAGCCAUCCACUUAUGUUAACACUUUAGUGAGGGGCACCUUUGGAUAUCUAGAUCCAGAAUAUUUUCAAACGGGGAGGCUAACUCGAAAGUCUGAUGUUUAUGCCUUUGGGGUGGUACUGUUUGAAGUCUUAUGUGGGAAACAAGCAGUAGAUAGUAGUAUUGAUGAGGAGCACUGGGGUUUGGCAACAUGGGCCCAAGACUCCAUUAAAAAAGGAAGGUUAAAGCAGAUCGUUGAUUCUAAUUUAAGGGGGAAAAUAUCCCCAAAAUGCUUGAAGGAGUUUGCACUACUUGCUGACCGGUGUUUGCAUAGCCAUCCAAAGCAACGCCCUACAAUGGCUGAGGUUGUGGUGGGUCUUGCGUCAAUUCUAGCCUUACAAGAGAAAACGGACAAUCAAGUGCUACCUAUGGACAUCAAACUUUUUGGCAGAAGGAUACCGACAUUUCUAUUUCCAUCUAAUAGCGCAAACUCAGUUGGAGGUACACGUUUGAAAUCCUUAGAUGCAUACCUCUACAAGUUUGAUUUCAACACUAUCGUUUAUGCAACUGAAAACUUCUCCGAAGCUCAUAAGCUUUCAUCUGACAGAUAUGAGUCCAUGUACAAGGUUAAGCUACAAAACAUGGGAAUUGAUACAGAACUUAUUGAUCCUUAUUAUUCCAUGUACAAGGGAAUACUACCAAAUGGAAAAGAUAUAGCAAUUGCUCGACCUUCUUCGGAUACCAGAUAUGAAGAAUUUAUGAAUGAAGCAUCAAUACUUGUAAAAGUUGAACAUGAAAAUGUGCCUCUGUUGCUUGGGUACUGUGUUGACGGAACAAAAGUGUACCUCCUCUAUGACUUUGCCCCUUAUGCAACUCUGGAUGACUUGAUUUUUGGUAAAUUUUUCUAUUUCAAAUGUACACCUCUUAAUUGAGGUCAUUGCUUGGUUCAGCAGAGAGCACAUUUCAACUCUUGGGAACUCCUGAUAGAAUCUAAGAGCAUACAAUUAUUGUUUUAUCUGAAUUUAUACAACAAUCAUAGUAAUCAAGUUAAAUUAAUUUGUAA